CAGCAUCUCUUUUUGGAACGGGAACCUCACUCGUCCCCAUCGACCCAAAGAAUGGCAGCAUGUCGGCGCCCGAAAUCAUUAUUCACCUUCGUUCAAAUUCAUCUUUAGUAUCAAUAGUGACUGUUGCGAAUCUUGCAGCAGAGCAAACACCCAAACUCGAAGAUCUCGAAUGCCUAUGCAUACUUGUCCUUCUCUCGACUUUAUUGCCCAAGUUCUCUCAUGCCACUGGGUCAUGGUUCAGAUAUCGUUGGAGAUCCCGCACAGUCUCCGUUCGUUGCCCACAUUCAAGCGGGACCAUCGGCAGCCACACCUCGUGGCGUGCACCAUCGUCUCCUAGGCGAGGCCAAGGAGACCGGGACCUGCUUCCCGCAGGAGUUUGCCACAAGGCCUUGUUAGCCGAUGUGUGGUGGCAGAGGCUCCGCAUCGUGUACACUCGUGCUAUUGUCUAUGAUCGCGCUCCGCUCUCGCCAGCCGCGUCGGUCAGAAUGUGGCCAUCUCUGACUGAGCUAUAAAGCAGCGAGAGGGAGGCCCUAGGAGCACCAUCCACCUCCCAGCUUUAUCAUCUACCUUUUCAUCUGCUUUUUACAUCUACCUCUGACAUGAACGCCUACAAUUACUUUCGUGACGACCAGUCAAAUAAGCAGGUCUUCCUCCAGGCCGCUGGUCUGAAGUACGAAGGCGGCGGGCGGCACGUCUUGCUGACCUGGGGAAAUGGCACCGAUGUCAACAGCGCGGGCGCUCAAAGAUACGCUCGCCAGAUCAUUCAAAUUACUCAAGAUGCUCAAGGAUAUCACUACGACGACCAACCUGUUGUAAAAUUCCAAUCUAUAGCCUCUCAAAACAACAAUGAGUACUUCAGACUCGGCGAAUUUACACGCGCUCAAAGGGACCGGGUCCUCACCAUUGCCAAACAAACCAAAUUCAGGCAGGAUUCCAAGGUGAACGGCUGUCGUGUCUGGAUGGGAGACGUCCUCCAAGUUAUGUUGAACGAGUCCUUGAUCGCGCAAGAAGACUUCGACAAAGUCUUUGUAGGAGUACCUCUCGUGAAACGUAUGGCCGAAGGGAACUGAAUGUGCUGUUGAAUUACUACGACAUCUCGUUAAGCCAUUUGACAGUUUUCAGUGCUUAGAGGCCUAAACAGCCCACUGAACUCAUCGACAGAACCAUGCCUAGACCGAGUCUCAUCGUUUGGAGUUGAUUUUUUGUCUUACAUUGCUACGCGAUACUUGUAUGCUAUACCCGGAUGAAUUGUGAAUUGUACUUAAGUCAUUGAUGGAAUUUUUCAUCCGUGGCCGGCGU